GAGGCCGUAACAACUAUUCAACCGAACCGAGCUUGUCUGUGCGCACUGCGCUGACUUGAAGCAAGAGAGGCACCCAAGAAGGCUAAGUGAGGCGAGAAAACAAAGGAAGGGAUCACAUAAUCUGAAACCUUCUGUGCUUUUCAGCAUAUAUAGUCGACGAAGAUGAGUUUUCUUUUCGGCCGUAGAAAAACUCCAGCUGAGCUUUUGAGGGAAAAUAAAAGGAUGUUGGACAAGUCCAUUAGAGAAAUAGAAAGGGAAAGGCAGGGUUUGCAAACUCAAGAGAAGAAGUUGAUUGUUGAGAUCAAGAAGAAUGCCAAACAAGGACAGAUGGGUGCAGUAAGAGUAAUGGCAAAGGACCUUAUCAGAACACGCCAUCAGAUUGAAAAGUUUUACAAGCUUAAAUCGCAACUUCAGGGUGUUGCUUUAAGAAUUCAGACGCUGAAAUCAACUCAAGCAAUGGGGGAGGCCAUGAAAGGAGUUACCAAAGCGAUGGGCCAAAUGAAUAGGCAGAUGAACUUGCCUUCCUUACAGAGGAUAAUGCAAGAGUUUGAGAGGCAGAAUGAAAAAAUGGAACUGACGACAGAGGUGAUGGGAGAUGCAAUUGAUGAUGCCUUGGAAGGUGAUGAAGAGGAGGAACAGACAGAAGAGCUUGUGAAUCAGGUGCUCGAUGAGAUUGGAAUCGAUAUCAACUCUGAGCUUGUGAAUGCACCCUCAUCAACUUCCGUCACUGCUCCUGCUGCAAAGAACAGAGCUGCUCAAGCUGAAUCAACAGGCAAUGAAGAUGGCGGAAUUGAUGAUGAUUUGCAGGCUAGGUUAGAUAAUCUUAGAAAGAUGUAAAAGGAGGGUGUGAACUGAGAAGAUGCUCCAGGAAGGAUGGAAAUCAAGAGUUAUAUACCAAUUACGCGGUGUUCAUAUCCAUAUCACCACAUAAUCUUUGAAGGAGAAGUCGCAUAUGUAACUUUAUGCUUGAUGUUGUUAUUUCUAUUUACCAUGUAAAUCAUCUAUAAUUCACUGGUUGAUUAAAAGAAGCUUAACACAAAGCCUUUGGAGGAAAUCUCUUCCUAUUAUAUUCAUUCGCAUGUUAAUUUUUUUAUUGAAAAAUCAGACACUAAAAACUGAACAAAACUUUACCCAAGUUUGUCUGAUCCUACACAGAGCUCUGAUAAUGUUAGGAGGCGAUGAUUGGAUUCAGGAGCUGACAAGGAACAAGAUAAUCUGAUUGUGGCCAUUUUCCUCUGAAGCCAGAGACCUUAUUGGAGGGGACACUUCCUCAGUGGCACUUGGAGGAGAAGGCACAUGGUCUAUCUGGUUUCUGCACAAAGGGCAGGCAGAAUGAGAGGCAAGCCAAGUGUCAAUGCAAAUCAUAUGAAAGAUAUGUUUGCAGCUAUGAAGCUGCCUCACAGAGUCUCCUUCUUCAAAGGGUGUCAAGCAGACGAUACAUUCUGUCUGAUCAGUGCCUUGUACAGUUUCUGCAACUUUGUACUGGAAUGUCUUGGAAUGAGACUCUAGGCUUUUGCUGCAGCAUUGGAGCUUGUUAUCAAGAGGUAAGUUUGCUGUUGUGGAUGGAAUAGAUUGUAUAAGAUCAAUACUUCUGUAGGUACACCAACUAAGCAUGGUGAGACUGAAGAAUAAAAGUGCAGCUAUCAGGGCUGCUACGAUCAGAAUUGAAGCAUAAUCAGGCAAUCCCAUAUUUGGCAGAAAGCACCAAAAGCACGUGCUUUGGAAGCAACCUUAAAUACCCUAUUCAACAUUGGUUGACAAUUACUAUGAAUACAACCCAUCAACAAUCCGGCUUCAACAAUGUCGUGGGAGCAGAUGAAAGACAUUAGCUUGCUGAGUAUGGGGAAAAAAAACUAGCUAUGACAUCCAAUUGUAUUAUUAUAUCUAUUAUCUUCCCACCGAGGCAAAAAGUGAUGAUAAUUACAAAGAAGUGACACGGGCGUCUAGCUGUGAAUGAAGGAUCUUACAAGCGGCAUAAGGCAAGAACGAAAAUAGAAGAGGAAAGCUUAUCGUCGAAGAAGCAGGGUUACCCAAUCAUUUCGUGUGUUGUUCAGAAGUCAAGAGAUGUUUAUCCAACAAACUCUAAAAACAAAUAACAGCAGGCAAAUACGAAGAGAAUUAUAUUUUGCUUA